AGCAAAGUACACAACAAGAAGAGGAUGGGCUAAGAGCUGAGCAACUGCUUUAAAGCAAAUCAACCAUCCACCCUCUUCAGUCCAGCUCAAUCCAUCCAACAUGUUGACUUUAAUCCUCCUAUGCUUCUGUGUUUGCUUUCUCCUCGCUCAAUUCAUAUCUCGGAGGCCAAAGAAUUUUCCACCGGGACCCACUGUCCUGCCGUUUUUGGGAAACGUCUUGAGCUUAAGCCUAGAAAACCCCUUAAGUGACUUUGAGAGGCUGAGGAAGACUUAUGGAAAUGUCUACAGUCUGUACAUCGGCAGCAAACCCGCUGUAAUCAUCAAUGGAUUGAAGGCCAUGAAAGAGGCGAUGGUGACUAAAGCUACUGAGUUUGCUGGACGACCCCAAGACUUGUAUGUCAAUGACACCACCCAAAGGAAAGGAGUGAUUCUGGCAGAUUAUGGCCCCAGUUGGAAGGAGCAUCGUCGCUUCGCCCUGAUGACUUUGAGGAACUUUGGUCUGGGGAAGCAGUCCAUGGAGGAGAGGAUUCUGGGAGAGACACAGUACAUCAUGAAAACAUUGGAAGAGCACAUUGGCAAAACCUUGAGUCCUCAACUUAUGUUUCAUAACGUGGCGUCCAACAUCAUCUGCCAGGUUCUGUUUGGUCGACGCUAUGACUAUGAUGAUGACUUCAUCAAAACGAUUGUUCAGUGCUUCACUGAGAAUGCCAAGUUAGCCAAUGGACCGUGGGCUAUGUUGUAUGACACCUUUCCGAUGAUUCGUAGCCUUCCGCUGCCCUUCACCAAGGCCUUUAAGAAUGUUGCGACUUGUCAGAAAAUUGCAAAGCGUGUGUUGGCCGAACACAAGAGGACCAGAGUCAAUGGAGAGCCACGGGACUUUGUUGACUGCUAUUUGGAAGAACUAGAGAAGAGAGAUGACACUACUACAUUUUCAGAGGAACAACUCUCUAUGUACGCUCUUGAUAUUCACUUUGCUGGGACUGACACGACCUCCAACACCCUGCUUACUGGAUUCCUUUACCUUAUGACCCACCCACACAUACAAGAGCGUUGUCAGGAGGAGAUAGACCGGGUGUUGGAAGGGAAGGAUCACGCCAGUUUCGAAGACAGAAACAACAUGCCUUACGUGCAGGCUGUGCUCCAUGAAGUGCAGAGGGUCGCCAACACUGUGCCACUCAGCGUCUUCCACUGUGCCAGGACAGACACGGAGCUCAUGGGAUAUUCCAUUCCCAAGGGUACAAUGAUCAUCCCUAACUUGACCUCAGUGCUGCAUGAGGAGGGACAGUGGAAAUCCAGUCAUGGAUUCAACCCUGAAAACUUCCUCAAUGACAAGGAAGAGUUUGUUAAACCAGAGGCCUUCAUGCCUUUCUCUGCAGGUCCCCGUAUGUGUCUCGGAGAGGGUCUGGCUCGUAUGGAGCUCUUCCUCAUCUCGGUGACUCUGCUGAGGAAGUUUAAGUUCAUCUGGCCUGAGGAUGCGGGGAAGCCGGACUACACUCCAGUCUAUGGGGUCACUCUGACUCCCAAACCUUAUCGCAUGAAGAUCCAACUCAGGGAAAGGCAGUAAAGCGGUCUGCAGAGACCGCUUUACUGUUUUAACCCAGUUAAACACCAGCAACCAUUUAUACCUAAAAACAAAUAUGAUGGCUUUUGUGCAACCUUUACUGGCCUUUAAUAUAUACAUGUAAAAUGUGCCAAAUGUUGGGUGAGCAUUCCAGUGGAAUAUUAAUACUUAAUAUUACUCAAUUAAUAUUACUCAAUUAAUUGAUUAGUUAUAAUCAACUUUGUAUUGCUACUUUAGGUAUUGGUAUUCUUGCUAAGAAAAAAAAAACCCUUUCUGUUGUUUGGAUAUUGAUUCAUUAUAAUAUGUAUAAUACUACUGACACUUAUAUACCUCUUUUUAUAUUAUAUAUGAACACUAAUAAAAUAAUACAGUACCACUCAACAGUUUUUACUGUAUGCUGUAUAUUAUAUAAUGUAUAUGAUAUAUGUUAAAUGAUGUUUUGAUAUAUUGUUAGAUCCUGCAGUGGGUAGCAGGCUACGCCAUCAAAAACUUUCUGAACCCUCUGAUAAUCAACAUUCUGUAAACCUGACAUAAUGUACCUUUAAACUGGUUUUGAGUCUGGCUUUGAAACUGUCCUGAUAGGAAGUAUAAUCUCAAUGAUUCCCCUAUUUUUCUAGCUCCUUUAAUCUUGCAUAUAACCACUAGUUAUAUUCACCACCACAUCUACCAUUAACUAACUGGAUUGUACUGGAUCUCUGUAUUGGUAGGAAAAUGGAUGGGACCAUUAUUGGUAUGUAUUGGUACUCUGAAUGACAUUGUCAUGCUCUGUACGCCUCUUCUGAAUAAAGAGUAAUGGGGUAUCUUAA